CAAUGUAAACAACAAUCUGACAUAGGUAUUUCGUUAUAUCCGGGUUGGAAAAAAGUAACAUGUAAGUCAUAUUAUUCAGGUUUUUGUGAUAGAUUUGUAAGUUCCACUUUAAGAAUGCAUGGUCCGAUAAAUAUUUACGAUGUUUUGUCAACGACAUUACCGUACCAGGUAAUCGACCAAUCCAGCCGUCAUCACCUUUGACGUUCUAUAGUCGCCUUGAUUUCCAGCAAAAAUUUGAAAUGUCCAUACCACUACCACACAAAGUUUAUAAAGUAGGGGAUACAGAGAAUCCAAAUGCCAGGAUUGUGAGAGUAGUGCAUAUUUCAGACACACAUAUGCAACAUGAUGAUUACAAACAGAAUAUUCCAGAGGGUGACAUUCUUAUACAUUCAGGAGAUUUUUCUCAGUACAGUUUGAAAAUAUUUUUAAAACGGAAGUCCAGGGAGAGGCAAAAUCUUGUUAGUGAGAUGAACAGUUUCUUUGGAAGUCUUCCAUUUAAACACAAAGUACUGGUACCAGGCAAUCAUGAGAUGUGCUUUAGUGAGUCUGACAAGGCGUUCUUGGAAAGCCAUCUAACUGAAGUCAUAUAUCUUCAAGACAAAUCAGUUCAGUUGGAAGGAUUAAAUAUAUUUGGUUCUCCUUGGACUGCCAAUAGAUGGUAUUCAUAUGCAGACUCAUUCACAAAGAAGAUGAGUAGAUUACACAGAAUUUGGAGUGAAAUACCUGAAACUACAGAUAUUCUUGUCACACACAUGCCUCCUUUUUGUAUUCUGGAUUUGGCAACCAAAAAAUUUGCCGGACUAAAGAAUUUGUUUGGUGCAACUGAGGGCUUGUGUGAUACCUGUUCAUUAGUCCAUGCUCAAUCUGAACAUUGGGGAUGUCGAGAUCUGAAGAAAGCUGUUUUAAAAAACAUCAGGCCUGUUGUGCACAUGUUUGGCCAUGUACAUGAGGGAAAUGGUGUCGAGACAGUGGAUGGUGUGACCUUUUCAAAUGCUGCUAUGAAGCUUAAAUCCAGGCUAAACGUGUUUGAUGUUCAUGUUCAAACAUGACAGAAUCGUCUCAGGAAUACCUGUACAAACAUGAACAUAUCAUCUCAGGAAUACCAUUACUAUGUGUCGUUCUUCUGUGUGGAAGUAAUAUUCGUCAUUUAAGCUGUACCGUUAUUGUAGACUGAUAAAAAUUGGGCGAAUUGACUAAUGAUGAAUGUGCAUAUUCUGAUGAUAACUGAACGAAAAAUAAGAAUGCUUAAAUAUUGGAUACGAAUUUUAAAAUCUAAUAAUACAUCAUUAAUAAAAAAUACAUAUAGAAUGUUAAAAAAUGAACUCAAGCAAGAAAAAAAUCUAGAUAGUAUACACAUAAAUAAAUAUAGAAUUGCCCUUACAAAAUUUCGAGUUUCCUCACAUGACCUAUUAAUCGAAACGGGAAGACAUCAUAACAUCCCAAGAACAGAUAGAAUAUGUACCUUUCGUAAUAUGAAUACCAUCGAAAAUGAAUAUCAUUUUCUUUUAGUAUGUCCAAAAUAUCACACUCUACGAAAACAAUUCUUUAAACCAUACUUUUGCCAUUGGCCAACAAAACAAAAAUUUAUUACCCUUUUGUCCUCAGACAGCGGAAAAACUAUGCACUGUGUUAGUAAAUAUCUAUAUCAUGCAUUUUUGUUACGAUCAGAACCUAAUUAUGUUGAGAAUUGAUAUGAUAUAUAGUAUACUUCUCUAUUGACUAUGUCUUUGCUCUUCACGAUGAGUUGUUUCAUAUGAUUUAUUUCAUAUGUUUUGCAUUUUGGCUAUAGAUGAUAUGUCAUUUAAUGCUGAAUAAAUAUUAUGUUAUGUUAAAAAAAAUCAAAAAAAUCAAGCAUACCCGGUACAUGGGGGGGGGGGUUAACUAUUCAAUGUGAUAUACAAGGGGUAAUUAAAAGUGUUCUUGCAAGUUUUAAAUGCCAUUCCUUAGGAAAAUUAUACUCUCUUAUGGUAACAUUUAAUCUUUUGUGUACCAAAAACUGAAAUGGCAUGAUAAUAUUCAAAACUUUAAAGUUACCGUAAAAGGGAUCUUAAUGUUUUCGGGGAAAGUGCCAAAAUAUUCCAUGUUCUGCAAGUCUGUAUUGUAACUCGGAAAUUUACCUACUGUUAAAAUUACGCUAGUUUAAAGAUUCGACACAAAUUUUAUAUUCAUUUCCGCCACAUGUUUUGAAAUUAACGUUUCCACGCUACACUGUAACUCAAGUGUAUAGAUCUUUAUAAAAAUUUGGAUCCCAUUUUCCAAAGCGAUGUAUCCUUAAACCACUAUGAUUUCCGUAUUUUUCCCCUAUGUUUAACAAAAUGUUCUGUACCUUUUCUACAGAGAAUGGAACUGUUAUGUGUUAGUAAGGAAAAAAAACACAU